UUACUAGCAUCACAAACUUAAUGUGAAUUCUAUAACAAAUGACAGACAACAACUCCAUCCAGAACCAGAUACUCACAAAGAAGACAAUUUACAGUACCUAAAACUCUUUCAAUUUCUCACCAUUAGACAUCCAAUCCACCAAUACAAUCCAUUUAAAUCCAAUCCAUUUGAUCCAAAUUCAAUUGAAUUGGUGGAUUCAUGGAUUGAUCCAUAGAUCCAAAUGACAAAUUGCGUUAGUACCUAUACUUUUUUGUAUUUUACAUUUUGGUACCUAAAAUUUAUUUUUUAUAUGAAAAAUGUUAUUGGAAAACUAUGAUUUGGUACCUAAAUUUUUUAUUAUAACAUUUUAGUACCUAAACUUUUCAAAAUUUACAUAUUGAUCCAAAGUUUUGGAUGUCUUUUGGAUUCAUGAAUCAAUCCACUUGAUUCAUGAAUACACUAAUCCAACCCAUGAAUCCAUGGAUACAAUCCAUUUGCCACCUCUACUGAUUACCAUGUAUCCAUUAGAUUCAAUCCAGGAUCCAUAAAUCUUAUCCAGUUGAUUGCUACCACUAGUGUAAAUGCAUCAAUAAGAAAAUAUCAACCAUGUAGUGAUAUAUGAAAUAAAUAUCGAAUGUUUAAAAAUGUAUUGAGUUUGACUGCAGGGGCGGAGCGCAUGGAGGUUUAGCGGUGUUCCGGGACACCCCUAAAUUUUGGGAAAACGAUUAUUCAACCCACGGUAGUAAUUUAUGUAUAAGUAAAAAAUUUAUAAUUAGUAGUGAGGGACACCCCUGAAAUUUGAAAAAAAUGAUUAUUCUAAUGUCAUUUUUUAAAUUUGUGUAUGGGAAUAUAAGUGAUAGGUUGGGUAAUUCAAACCUAGAACACUAUUAUUAUUAACAAACUUAAUUUCCAUUAAACUACAACUCAUUUGUUUUUUGAUUUUGAACACCGUAUCAUAUUAAAAUGCCAUUCCCUUUUUCUAAUUAUUUUCAAAACAUAGCAAUCCAACUAAUUUCAACUUACCCUUAAUUUGUAUUGAUUUUAUGGUUGUACGACAAGUGUUGAAAGAUUCUUUCAGCUUUUGGUUACAUCAAGAAUAAGUUUACAAAUCGAAUAUGCGAUAAGUUCGUGAGUGAUUGUCUAAAAGAGUAUAUAGAGACAAUUUUUUUAGCACAGACACCAAGUGUAUUCUACAAUUAUUUCAGAAUAUGAAAACACAUAAUGGAUUUUUUAACCUGUACGAGUAAGGUAUUUUCUAAUUUACAAUUUUAUUUUUAUUAAUUAUUUUAUUUUUACUAAAUUUAUUUUUUAAAAGAGGACACCCCUAUGAAAAAUUCCUGGGUUCGCCACUAAGUUUGAGUAUCACAAUAGUUCCUAGAAAAAUCGAGCAAAAGCUCAGCCAUACUAUCACACACAAGGACAUAUAUACGAAUACGAUACAUCCAAUAUACGCAUGUGCCGAGAAAUCAAAGGCACCAUACAGCAAAAUAUAUGAAAUUUCACAAAUAUAAGUAAGGACUGCUAAUCAGUUGGAUUUCGAUUCAGACAAAAUAGAAUUGGGCGGAUGCCAAUUGCCACCUUUAGUAUCGGUCACAUUGCCGUUGCAGAUGCAUCAAAAGAAAUGAUAGGCCUCGUAUCUAAAGGCACACAGAGUGUUGUUGAUUUGGGCCCCGACCCGAUCCGGGCAAAUACUCAUCACCUUCCGAGCAGCAAGUUUCAAGCACAGCCGGCAAGAGAUGAUUCAAUGAACUAAUUAAAAUGAAGGGUUUAACUCUCCACUGCUCAAUGCUACCUAAGGACGCCCUAAUCAUAAUACUGGACGGUCUUCAGCGUCUACAAGUUCUCAACAUCUCUCACUGUUUGCUGAUAGAAAUACCACCACCGUCUGAGACGAGAAGAGUCAUGAAGAAAAUCUACGAUACCAUGCGUCGUAAAACAUCGGGACUCAGCCAGUUCCUAACUUGUAUGGAGGAGUCGUGUGUCACAUGCCAAAGAACGAAAGCCGGCGAAGGGUGAACAAUGUGUCAUAGAUGCAUGAACAUACUUCAUUUUACUACACUGCUAUUUAUUUGUAGACUUUUCUUUGCCAUGAUCUUGUCCUUCUCAUCAAUAGUAGAUUGUUUCCAAAGAUUACUAAUUUUUUCUACAUCACUAUUACCAAUUUCUUUUGAUGAUAUCCAUAAAAGUUAUUUAUUAUUCAAUAAAAAAAUUGUUUGUAUUAAAUGGUCAACAACGAAAUUGCAUAUCUUAGUUGUAGGAUGGUGUUGACGUGUUGUGGCAUAUGAUAAGAAAAAGAUAAUGUCCUUGUAGUAUGGUGCUAUAGUAUACGGGGAAAUAAAAUUCAGUACCCAUUAAAAAAUAUCACAAUCCUCCAUUCGCAAUCUAUUUCUUUCCACUUACCCAAUAUUUUAUACGAAGGUUGUCAAAGUAAACUGCUAAAUCUCAAAUCACUUAUCAUCGAUAAGUGUUGGAGUUGAACACAGGUUUCCAUAAAAAAAUAUAAGUGUUGGAGUUGUUGGAGUUCCCAAAUGCAUCAUACACAAUCCUUUGUGUACAGAAAAUGGUAUUUCUAAUGAUUUGAAUUACGACCAACUUAUCCUAUAUAAUGUGCGAAACAAUUUUGUAAGUCAUGCUAAUUAAAAUGAAGAAUAUGUGGAAUUGAGGGAUUUUUUAAGUUUAUUUAUGCUUAUUGGGUGGUGCGUGGCGGGUUGACCGUUAGUCAACGUGUUUGACCGUCAAGAUAACUGUCAAAUCUCGGGUUUGGCCAAUUUCGUAACUUUGAUGCAUAGUUGAGGCCACAAAUUCAUAGAUCGAAAAAAAUGGCCAGAAUGUUUAAUAUUUGAAAAGUUCGGGCCAUACAAAUAUAUUAACUCUUAAAAAUCGUUUGGAUGAUUUAAUUGUCAAUGUGGCAUUUGUACAGUAAAAUAACUCUCAGGGGUCGUUUGGAUGAGUUAUAGAUUGUGGUAUGGUAUUUGUGCACAAAUAAUGCAUUUUUUGAGAUUGUGGUAUUCCAAAGUUAUUUGAAGUUGUAAUGUGGUAUUUUAAUUUUAUUUGUCUUGUUUGGUUGAAAAUGGGUUAUUUCCUCCGGCCACCUCCUUCCACCGCCUGGAACUGAAAACAGAUCUCAUGCAUAUUCUGGAAUCCCAAAUUUGAUACUACUUCAAGCCCAAUAUAAUACCAAUCGACAAAUUGAUAAAAAGAGAACCAUAGAGCAGCAAAUGCGUAGCCCGAGCAGAGUUUGAAGAAAAGCAAAGGAUGAAGAAAAGCAGGGCAUUCUCGAUCCAGAAAAACCUUCAACCUUCCACGUUCUAAAUUCUGUAGAAACGCCCAAAUUCCUCAUAAAUCCCCAACUCUAAAUUCAUGAAAUUUCCAAUUUUAGAAACAGAGAAUCGAACUAAAAGAAUGCCCUCAAGAUUCUGCGGAUGCAGUUCCAGAAACCCCCAAAAUUACCCAUGAGACCCCCAAAUCCCCCAGAAACCGCCAACGACACCCGCCUAUAUUGACCGACGAACCUGCCUAUGUUGGCCGACGAACCCGCCUCUUUUGGCCGACGAACCCGCUUCCGUUCGUCAAUCGCCGCCAACGAACCCGCCUCGGUCCGCCUUUCGCCGCCAACAAAAAAUGCCUCUGUUCGUCGCCAACGAAACCUAGGGUUCCGCCUACUUAAUUUGAUUUGCAUGCAACAAGGAAUAUAAAGGUAGCAAAAGAAUUGAGCGUCCCUCAAUCGAUUUUGUUUUGGGGCUGAAGGAUGGAUGAUUCGAAGAGAAGGAGAAAAAGGCAGGCGAGAGGAGAGAGGAGAGAGUAAAGGCGCAGAUUGGGG